UAAUUGAUUAAAUACCUUUUAAGGUGCAUUUUGGAUUAUCUCCGGUCAAUCAACAGAAACUACAGCCCCCAUAGUUCCUUGCAAAAUCUCACAGACUCAGUUGCUCUGAAAUGCAUUCAUUGAACAACAGCGCGCACACGAGUUCAGUCGGGAAAGAAUUUAGAGGUUCACAAUGACCAGAGGUCCAGCUGUAAACUAGCUUGCUUUCAAUCAUUGUUAAUCCAUGGAAUGGAGCAAAUGUUGACCUUCUCUCAUACAUACAGUAUGAAGAUGGCUGCAGGUAGCACUUUAACUCCAUGUUCGUCAUUGUGAAAGGUUUCCCUCUCACACCCUCUGUAAUGUUUAACACUGGAUCCUUUGUGGAACUUGUAAGGGAGGAGUGCUAACAGGAAUCUACUCAUUGUCUGCUUAGAAAAUCUGAAUUGAAGGUUUAGACCCUACUCUCUGGGUUCUAUGAAAAUUCCUAUAGCAAGCCUCUUCACUAUAGCAAUACCAUUUAGUCAUUUGAUACAGUCAGAGGUAGACUUGCGACUCCAGUGUCCACUGUCAGGCCACUACCAUGGUGGACAAAGACGCUAUGGUGAGUGGGGAUAGGGCUGUGGAGGAAGAGGCUGAACUGGACCUGAAGGAGAACGCCCCUGCAGAGCCUGACCCUGAGAUGGCUCUUCCCCCACCCGAGGACUCCUCAGACGGCCAGACCAAGACAGCCCGGACCUGGGAGUUGUCGGUGGUGUUCCUGUGUUUCUAUGGGUUUAUGGUGCAGCUGAAGCCUGGGGAGCCCUUUAUAACACCAAACCUGCUCAGCAUGGAGAAGAACUUCACCAGGGAACAGGUGACCAAUGAGAUCAACCCGAUCCUGUCCUACUCCUACAUGGUGGUGCUGGUGCCAGUCUUCCUCCUGACAGACGUCCUGCGUUACAAGCCCGUCCUGGUCCUCUCCAGCCUCAGCCAUGUGGCCAUCUGGCUCCUCCUCCUCCUGGGCUCCUCCCUCUUAGAGAUGCAGUUCAUGGAGUUCUUCUACGGCAUCACCAUGGCAGCACGAGUGGCUUACUCCUCCUAUAUCUUCUCCCUGGUCACCCCAGAGCUCUACCAACGCGUGGCCAGCUACUCGCGCUCUUGCGUCCUCAUGGGGGUGUUUGCCAGCUCGGUGCUGGGCCAGGUGCUGAUAUCCGUGGGCAGGCUCUCCUUCGCCAUGCUCAGUGCUGUGUCCUUGGCCUUGGUGUCCUUCGGCUUGGUGCUCUCCUGCUGCCUGCCCUGGCCCAAGAGGUCCCUGUUCUUCAACAGGGCCCACCACGCUGCCCAGAGGAACCUCCAGGAGCAGGCUUCUGCCCAGUCGGAGCUGGCCAGGAUAAAGCAGGGCGAAGCGGGCUUGGGUUCAGGUGACACACCCUCCCUGGCCCCUCUCAGCUCUGGUUCCUCCUGGAGGGACUCAGUGUUUAUUCAGAUGCUGAAGGAGCUGAGGAACGUGCCGCGGAGGCCCAGCCUGAGACUGUGGAGCCUGUGGUGGGUGUUCAACUCCGCCGGCUACUACCUGGUGCUGUUGUACGUCCAUGUCCUGUGGAACAAGGUGUACCCCGCCACGGAGAACAAACACGUCUACAACGGAGGGGUGGAGGCUGUCUCCACACUACUUGGUGCGAUCACGUCGUUUGCAGCAGGCUUCGUGAAGAUCCGCUGGAACGUGUGGUCUGAGCUGGUGAUCGGUGUCAUCACGGCUCUGCAGGCUGGCCUGCUGCUCCUCAUGGGGACCACCAGCAACAUCUGGGUCUGCUAUGUGGCCUACUCCCUCUUCAAGGGUUUCUACCAGUUCCUCGUGCCUAUCGCCAUUUUCCAGAUCGCCUCGUCGCUCACCAAGGAGCUGUGUGCCCUGGUGUUUGGGGUCAACACUUUCCUGGCGACCGUUCUGAAGACCAUCAUCACCCUCAUCGUCUCUGACAAGAAGGGUCUGGGACUAGACGUGCACUCCCAGUUCCUGGUCUACUUCUUCUACUUUGCCUUGCUGACGGUUAUCUACCUGGGCUGUGCUGCCUGGGUCAUCAUUCGCCACUACAGGAACCAAUCGGCAGGAGGGGGAGGAGACACCGACCAGGCCACGCCCACUGAGCUAUGUUCCGUACCAUCAAACCCCUCGGAGACAGAACCUCUGUCCAAUGGGAACAACGUGAAGGCCUGAAAGGGAUAUUCCGGAAUGUUGGCAAUGAAGCCCUUUAUCUACUUCUCCAGAGUCAGAUUAACUUGUGGAGACCAUUUUUAUGUCUCUGUGUGCAGUUUGAAGGAAUUUGCUACCUAGCAUUAGCCAAAUUGCUAACUACCGUUAGCGUAAUGACUGGAAGUCUAUCGGAACAGCUAGCAUGCAAGUUGUUCCUGUAGACUUCCAGUCAUUGCGCUAGCUUACUCUAGUUGGCAUUGGCUCGCGAAACUACUUCUAACUUCUUUCAUACUGGAUGCAGAGACAUAAAAAUGGUAUCCAUGAGUUCAUCUGACUGUGUGGAAGUAGAUAAAUGGUCUCAUUGCCAAAAUCCUCAACUAUCCCUUGAACAUUGUCAUCUUUACAUCAACACCUAAACCCCCUACACUGACAUUGAGUGGUCUAAACGGUCUGGGAAUCUCUCGCUACGGUUUCCACACGACUGCACAAGGACAGAUGAGACUUAGAGGUGAGUCGAGACCUCAUGACACUUCGUUGGAUGUGUUGGUGGAGUGUAGUUUACCAGUAUUAGUGAACAGUCACUGUUCUCAGCCCUUAGUGCCUUAUCCCUUAUAUCCAACGUGUAUUCAGUUCACCAAAAGGAUGUUAUUAUGGAAUACAUCUUUUUUUCUCAAUGUUUAAAGAAUUACCGGCAGGGCCCGCCUACAUUACUACAAGAUAAAAAAAACUCACUCGAUCAAGCCUAAUGGUCUUGUAAGCAGCGGUGGGAAAAGUACCCAAUUGUCAUACUUGAUUAAAAGUAAAGAUACCUUCAUAGAAAUGACUCAAGUAGAAGUCUAAAAGUAUUAGGUUUUAAAUAAACUUAAGUAUUAAAAAGUAAGAGUAUAAAUGAUUUCAAAUGACUUAUUAAGCAAACCAGAUGGCACAAUUACAUUUUUUAUUCAUCAGUAGCCAGGGGGAAACUCCAACACUGAGACAUCAUUUACAAAUCAAGCACUUGUGUUUAGUGAGUCUGCCGGAUCAGAGGCAGUAGGGAUGACCAGGGAUGUUCUCUUGAUAAGUGCCUGAAUUGGACCAUUUUCCUAUUCUACUAACCAUUUAAAAUGUAACAAAUACUUUUGGGUGUCGGAAAAUGUAUGGAGUAAAAAGUACAUUAUUUUCUUUAGAAAUGUAGUGACGUAAAAGUUGUCAAAAAUAUAAAUAGUAAAGUACAGAUACUUCUUAAGUAGUACUUAAAUAUUUUUACGUACUUUACACCACUGCUUGUAAGUAGCAAUACAUGACCUUGUAUGCGGUACAAAUCACAUUAUUGUGGGAGCACCUCUUAGAGAAUGAAUUAGGCUGUUUGAGAAGGUUUGCAUCCUAAGCAACGUGCCUCGACAUUGUUUCAAAGUACAAUAGACCAGCAUAUAGCUACUGUAGUAGGUCCAUUUAAGUCAUUUUCUUUUUCGGCUUUAGACCAAUCCCUACUUCACACUCAAAACAGUGUUUUGUUUUUAAUCGAGUUUGGGCCUAGUUGUCAGCCUAAUGUUCUCAGAGAGACUGUUGACAUGUACUAUGUAGUGGCUGCUUUGCUCUUCUCCCAGAAACAUCCCAAAUGGUGUUAUCCACUGGUGAUUAUGUUCACAGUUUUCCAAAUACAGAGUAAUCAUAUGUUCCCUGAUAAUGUUGAAGCACAUUUAUUUUCAUAACUGACUGAGAAAAUAAUAAUCUCAAGUAGAGGGGACCAAUAUGAAAUGGUCUACAGAAACAGUCUUACUAAUUCUACUGGACUACUUCUACUGAUGGAACAAUAGCCUAUUAUAUUCAGCAAAUUAUUCACUGUUGCGAUCAUUAGGAAUUCUCGACAAUUGCUGCAAUUGUAUUGAUUAGCGAAAACCAUAUUUUUGAAUCUGUGUAUAUAUUGUUAGCUGUAUAGUAGUCCUCCAGUGAGAGAGGUGUGCCCCACAGGAUCAUGAUUACUAUGUGAUCACAUUAGCAUUGCUUUAGAUUAAGCAGACAUGUGACAGGAUGCAUUUUUGGGCUGCUGAAACACUUGAAAAGUGUGAAAAGAUUUUCUAAAUGAAGCCCUUUGUGUGUAUGUUCACUACACUCCCAUUGUCUUAGGUUUAAUCAGCGAUUGCUUGUGAACAAAGCAGAUGCCAAUUGUUUUAGGGCUUUCAAACGAACCAUAUCAGUUGACUUUUAAAAUUUAAAAAUUUCACCUUUAUUUAACCAGGUAGACCAGUUGAACAAGUUAUGCUUGCUGCCAGUGAGUAAUUCAAUGCACCUUGUGUCAGGAAGUGUUUUAGGGUGGGGUAAGUUGAACCAUUUUUUACGUUCAGCAUCACUCUGAGAUAUAUUUGUUAGAAAGAAUACUAUAUAUCUACAUAUAUUUCAGGAUGUUGUGUAUCGCUGGAAAUAAUCAGAAUUCAUGUUAACUUUACAGUUUUGAAAACAGGUUGACUGGGGGAAAAAGUGGUCUCGGCACAAUUUACACCGGGAAUAGGGUAAAUUGAGCCGCGGAAUAGGGUAAAUUGAGCCGCGGAAUAGGGUAAAUUGAGCCGCGGAAUAGGGUAAAUUGAGCCGCGGAAUAGGGUAAAUUGAGCCGCGGAAUAGGGUAAAUUGAGCCGCGGAAUAGGGUAAAUUAAGCCGCAUAGAAAUGUGUCUACUGAAUGAAAUAUUACCAAUAUCUUUUUAAAAUAAUAUCUAUCUUUAUUUCCCGAACACAAUUGCUUUUUCUUUUUAAUAAUUUUAAGCACCUUUUUAACACAGGCUUAACUCCUAACAAACACUUUGUACUUUAUAUAUAUUUAACAUUGGCCAGGCCCUGUUACCUCAUAUCCCAGCGAUAAUACCUUGCAUUAUGCCUGGGAAGAAAACACUUAAAUUGGCUCAACUUUUACCCCAAGGCAAACAUUUGGAAUAUAUUAGCACACUCAGAUACAAUAAAGCACUUUCAUGCUUAUGUAUAGAAUAAUCUUAAAAUGAUCUACUUUGCUUUAGAUACAAGCAUCAUGAAACCUCUAUAACAGAAAAUAAUUUGACUUGGUGAAAAUCGUAUUUUAUUUGACUUAACUUUCUCCAUGUGGUUUCUUCCUUCAGACUCCAUGAAAUGAUGACCCUCUUCCUAGAUAUUUGGUCAAAUUAUAACAUUUUGUGUAUGGUUUCCUGGAAACAAGGGUGGCUCAACUUACCCCACUCUCCCCUAUUUUUGUUUAAAUGUUUUCAUGCAGAUUUGUCUUUUCUCCCCCAGCAGUGCUAAUCAUAUGUUCAUUGUCAUCUUUUGUAAUAGGAAGCCCACAUGAAUGUGAAUGUGUAAACUUUUGUAUAGUUGUUAUGAACUACUGCAAAUGACUUUUGAGGAUUUAGCUAUGAGCUGGCAGACCUUUAUUCUGCAUGUUAUUUUCCAGAAUUUUCAAAUUAGCUAUUUUGUAUUGUUUAAAUGCAGGGGUUUUCAAACGAUUUUGCUUCGUGACCCACCAAUUGAGCUGUCUUUUUGAGUCUCGACCCACCAUAAGGGUUGAGUGGUAAAAAAAACACACACAGACCAAAGCAUAAAUACAAAAUAUGAUCUUGGCAGCGGACACAAUAUUUUGCAGUUUCAAAGCUAAUCCCCUGUAAUUUCACAUCCUGCCAUGGAGCUGAAAUAACAUUUUUGCAAUUUUAAAACCAAUUUCCUGCAAUUCUAUGCAUUUUGACAUGGUUGGCGUUCUUAUGCACAAACAUAACAUCAUUGGGGGCCUGAUUGUCUAGCUUUUAUUUUGUUGAUUGUAAAUUCUCAAAGAUUAUAGGCUAUUAUUGAAAAAUGUAUAGAUCUUUUCUCCAUCCCAGUUUGGGAACUACUGUUUUAAUGGAACAAUAUAUUUAUCUGUGUGCGUAAGAGUGAAAUUGGGUUUUCUUAAAUGUUUGGCACUGAGGAAAUAAAAUGCAAAAUGAAGUUGAAAAAUGUAAAUAUCUUUUAGGCCUAUAUGUUUAUUCUUUGGAAUCUGACAACUCUAGGAACUCAUAUCUGGUGUACCCUUUACAUUCUAAAUGUGUACCAUACUUAAAGUACGCCCAUAAAUGCAGAUUACACCUACCCAUUUUUUUUUUAUUGAAGUUGCCUUUAGUUUAAUGGAAUUGCUGUGCAUAGGAAGUGGUUUGCUGAAUUCCUGUCCCCUUGAGUAAUCUUAGGACCAUCUUACUUCAAAACUGAGAAAUCAUGUCAGAAUAUAGACUGUAGUAGUUGAGUGCCUAUUAAUUACAUGUAGGGUGGAUAAAAGAUGUGCGUGAACAAUACAAGCACUUAACUUGAACGCAUGUACAAUGGGUCCGGAACACGAGAUACGUAACUUGAACUUUGCAAUAUUCUCUAAUUGAUUUAAAAGGUCAUAUCUCAAGGUAGAUUUCAGCCUAUAGUGAUGAGGUUGUAGAGUAUACAAUGAUUUUUACAUGGUCAUAUGGCCUCCUAAAAAAAUACAAAUGUAUGAGAUUAAUUGCACCUAAGGGUCUAUAUGCCGUGCAGUAUACUAGCCAACGAGUUCAGUAUUGGAUUCAGUAUAGGAUAAGAUUUGUAACGUUAACUGUCAGAAUUGUUUAUGUUUUAAUUAUUGUCACACUGACUUCAAUCAAUGCCGAAUAUACACUUUGGGUGAAUGACUGUGAACCUAUUUUGUUGCUGUAAAAAAACAGACUUAUGUCAACAUUUUAUUUUUGAUUUACAAAUAAAUCAGUUUGGGAAAAAAAUGUAGCAUUUGUUUGUUUGCAAUAAACGU